AUGGGCAGCGAGUCGAAGCGAAGCCUCCACAUCGCCAUGUUCCCGUGGCUCGCCCACGGCCACAUCACCCCCUUCCUCGAGCUCUCCAAGUUCCUCUCCCUCCGCGGCCACGCCGUCUCCUUCCUCUCCACCCCCAACAACGUCGCUCGCCUCGCCCGCGCCCACCCCGAACUCCCUCCCUCCAUUCGCCUCGUCUCCCUCCCCUUGCCGUGCGUCCCCAACCUCCCCAGCUCCGCCGAGUCCACCUCCGACUUGGACAUCGACUCCGUCCCUUACCUCAAGAAGGCCUACGACCUGCUCGAGCCAGCCCUGACCCGCUUCCUCUCGGGCAGCCGCGUUGACUGGGUGAUCCACGACUUCGCCAGCCACUGGCUCCCCGGGGCUGCAGCUCAGCUUGGGGUUGGCUCCGUGUUCUUCAGCACCUUCAAUGCGACCGCGCUCACGCUCCUCGGCCCGCCGUCGGAGUUCAUCGGCGGCCGGUUUCAGAAGCCGGAGGACCUGACCACCGUACCGGCAUGGAUACCGUACGAGACCACAGUUUGCCUUAGGCUCCAUGAAGUAUUGAGGCACCAGCGGUGCAUGGACGACGAGGUCUCCGAUUUCUGCAGGUUCGGCCACGUGAUUGACGGCUGCGAUUUCGUGAUCGUGAGGAGCUGCCGUGAGUUUGAAUUGGAGCCAUUGAGCUUGUUGCAAGAGCUUUACCAGAAGCCGGCUAUUCCGAUCGGGCUAUUGACGCCAGCAAUUCGAGAGGAGGUUGGAGAUGACGAUGAGAAAUGGAAAGCCCUAAAAAGUUGGCUCGACACCAAGCGCGAGAAAUCGGUGCUUUAUGUCGCGCUUGGAACAGAAGUGAUUUUGAGUCACGAGCUAACGAACGAGUUGGCCGCCGGGAUUGAGAAGUCCGGGUUACCGUUUGUUUGGGUGGUUAGGAACCGCCUCGUCCCGGCCGGGUUCGAGGAGCGAGUCUCAGGCCGGGGAUUCAUCUGGGCGGGCUGGGCCCCGCAGACGCGGAUCUUGGCCCACGAGGCGAUUGGCGGGUUCCUGACGCAUUGCGGCUGGAACUCCACAAUCGAGGCGCUGAGCCGCGGGCUGCCCCUGGUGCUGUUCUCCGGGGGGAGCUCGGACCAGGGUCUUAUGGCCCGGUUCCUGCAUGAGAAGCAGGUCGGGUUCGAGGUGCCCAGGGAUGAAGCGGACGGGUCGUUCACGGGCGAUGUGGUGGCCGAGUCAAUCCGGCGGGUCAUGGUGGAGCAUGAGGGCGAGCCAAUAAGGGCAACCGCACGGGCCAUGAAGGAGGUGUUUGGCAACAUGGAGUUGCAAAACAAGUACUUGGAGGAAUUCGCAGGGAUCUUAGAGAAAGGUUUCACUAAGGACCAAAAGAUGGUGAACUAA